AGGCAAACAAAGAAAUAUACUGUAAUAUCAUUUUUACUAUUUAAUACUUUUCCAAUUAAAUUGAUGAGCAGAGACCCUGUGUCAGAUGUACUACAGUACAAGGACUACAGAACUAAAGAACCGUUCCCAAUAUGGCCCUGAACAACAGAUAUUUGCGGUUUGGUGUAACUAACGAGGAAGUCGAGAAAACAACAGUCAUGUUGAGGAGCGAUUCCCGGAACAACGCAUCGUCACUUCAAAUAAACAUUGAAAAUGGAAGGGAACUUCACUCAGACCUGAUUUAUGUACAAGUAUCUGGUAACAUCAGCAAUGUGAUAUUCCACUCUUUCCUUCGUCCGUCAGAAUGUCGAGUGUUCACCUGUCCUCAUGACGUAAUGAGGAAUUCCCUAGCAACUGUAACCGUGUACAGUGUAAAGACCUUCCGUGACAAAAGGUGUGUCUGGCACCGCAUUGUUAUGGGAGGAAGGACAUCCGCUAUCCUCAAGGGAGGUUUUACAAUCAACUACCUGAAGGUUAAAUUACAACCAUAUAGGACAUACCUAGAUCUACUUACAGAUGCUCCAAAUAAGAUUCCCUAUCAUAUUGACGUAGUAAGUACAAUUCCCCAGAGGUACAUGCUGACAGACGAAGAUUACAGAGGAGAUACGGACGGCCUCAUCCUCCUUCUCCAUCAAAUUCACCCUCCAGACGCGUUCCUUGUCAUGUUCCGUCGCCGUCCAGAGAAGACUUAUAGGAUUCCAUUUGUACUGAAUCCCGCCGCGGAAUACAAACAACAACUCUUCAGAGUCUAUACCAGACACGAUACGGAGGAUGUUUGUACUGGAGACUCGCACUCAACAGUUACAACGUUUACCACAUGUAUGUAUGUCUGUAGUACAUGUCCAUCCAUAUAAACAUUCAGUCGAGGUGAGGAU